CUUCCGUACUACUCAGUCAUAGGUCAGUGCGAUUUUGAUUCAAGACAUUCACAUGUCCACCAAUCCUCAGAUGUGGCCUCUUCGGACCCGCGGAGGUGACAGCCCUGUUCAAGCUAUACUUCGACAAACUACAUGUAAUGGUUUUCUCCGCUUUCAACCACUUACACGAGCUGAAUGUUGACCGCCUACCCCCAGCCAUCCUUCGCACUGCUAGAUCCUGUAUUGCACACCCCAGAAUAUGUCUUGUCAAGAUCGUCUUUACUCUUUACGACCGUGCUGUACAUCUCAACACGGUUGUGGACACAUCGGCCCAAGCUGCACAGCCUUGCCCGGGCACAUGCUGCAGAAAGUGUGAAAGCCGCCGUUACAGAGGGCGUCAGAACGAUCGAGACAUGUCAGGCUUUUACAUUGAUGCCUCUUUUCCCUGCUCCCCAGCAAAGCUACUGGAAUGACUCGCGAGGUUGGAUGCUCAUGGGCAUCGCCACUCGAAUUGCUCAAGAUCUCAAGUUGGACGAGCCACCACCUGCGGACCUUCCCGAGCGCGAGAAGCUCAACCGCCUCCGGACCUGGUUCCAGAUCGUCACCGUCGACUCAUCGAACGCCAUCCAGAGAGGCCACGCAACAAUGAUCCAGAGGAACAACUUCACCGCCCAGAUGAUGGACAUAUGGUACAGGUGCUCGCCGCUCAACUUGCCGUACGACGUCUACUGCAGUGCCUGUGCGGACUUAAUGUUAUUUGUGUCAAACCUGUGGGGACCUAUGGGACCCACGAGUAUGAACUCGCAGGAGGAUGACGAGGUCAUCGAAACCGUACUCGCAUAUCAUCACAGUGUAUGCAAUCGGAUCGAAAUGUGGCAAAAUCGGAUUGCUAAGCACCAGAGAGAUGCCUCUGUCGCUGCGCAUCGUGACCCCAAGUUGGCUUUUCUCGGACACGCCUUGCGAUUGACAAUUUUGGGCGUGGGCUUCCAGCAUUCUGUAAAGCGCAUGCUUCACCCCAAUAUGGAGCUGCUCAGUCUUGCGAUCGAUGCGGCACGCCAUGUCCUGAAGCUUGACAUCGAGCAUAUAUACCCCACCGGUGCUUUGCGCUACGUGAUUGAGCCGCAUCACAUGUAUGUGACGUAUUCGUCAGCGUUCCUGAUCAACCUACUACGCCCCUGCCUUGCUCUCCUGCUCUCCUGCUCUGUCCGUGUGGGCAUCCUCCGCGAAGUCCGUUCCCUGAUCGAGCUCUUCAAUUCCAGAGACGUGGCAGUCGACAGGGCCCAUCUCGCCGUCGUCUACGCAGCCUUUCUCGAGGCAUUGUUGGACCAGAUGACCGCAGGAGAAGCCCUUGCGGACGACCCCGCCGCCCAUCCGUCGACACCCACCCAGAGCAACUUCCCCAUGGCGCUGGUCGCCGCGUCGGAGGGCCAUGGCAGCUCAAGCGGUGUCAUAGACAUACAGACGACGCAAGGCGCCGAGUUCACCUUCGACCGCUUUGUCGCGGACAUCACCACACACCAAAAGACCGUCUAUCCUGCGCCGCGCGCUGAGACUUGGCAUGGAUUCCCUGUGGACGAGGGUACCUGGUGAGGAGGAGGGAGUGCAGGAGGUCAGGAUACAACGCGACCGAUACGACAACUCAGAAGACUAAGAGGGCGCACGAGAUAUUCAACAUAUACAUAGCCUUGGGUCGGCUCGGGGCCGUGCUUCGAUAUGCAUUAGUUCUCUAUCUGUCGAAGUUUAAUUAAUUUUGGCAUUAAUCGAAGACAGUAGAUUCGCAGUG